AUGAUAUAAAUUUAAUAAAUUGAAAUUGGAAUUGUGUUAUUAGUGGCAUGUUUAACUUUUUUCCUUUUAGGAUAUCAAUGGGCUGAUUAAUAGCAAAAGCUUAAUUAUGAUAGUGUAUAAUACUAUAUAAUUUUUUUAGCUUGGAUCUGAAGAUGAUGAUAGCUAAGUAUACAUUUAAUAAAUUUAGAGAAGCUUGAAUAAUAAUUAAGGGAAUAUAAAUAGAGAGAAACAUUAUAUUAGAAAUAAAUUCAAGAGCUAAAAAAAUAAUUAGGAAUGGGAAAUAACAAUAAGAAUAGUGAUCUAUGAA